AUGCUACAGCGUGCUCAGUCCUAUGGCUUGCACACCCCCUUUGCAGGCUCAUACCGCCCCUCGCAGCUCGACAACAGUGCCGGCCGCGACGCUCCUAGCGCUCGCCCGCGCCCCAUCGGCGGCCCCUCCCCGGCCCCUCGCGCUGGCAGUGCACCGGCCGCGGGCAAGCGCGGCGCCGCCGGCGACGCCGGCGCUGACGAGGGGGAUUUUGACCAGGACCGCCCCAGCAAGCGCUCGCCGGCGCAGCCGUUUGGGUACAGCGGCGCAGAGCAUGGCGGCGGCGGCGGCUUGCGCGACCAGGACACGCCCUUCAAGGGCAGUAGCGCGGGCAACGACUUCCUCCGCUCCCUGAACGGCUUUGGCGGCGGCGGCGGCGGGCUCAGGCCGCCCGGCGCGCCCCGGCCGGCGGCGCCCCCGCACGCCGCGCGCCUGGGCGGCCUGACGGUGGCCGGCGGCGGGUUUACGUCGACGGCCGGCAAGACCUUCGCGCGCCUGGGCGCCGCACCCGCUGGCCCCGGCGGCGGCGGCGGCGUGCGGCAGGCGGCGAUUACCGAUUACCUGGGCGCAGGCGGCGGCGGCGGCGGCGCGGCGCCCGCGCUGCAGGUGCGCCUGCCGGCGGGCAUGGUCAACCACGGCAACACGUGCUACCUCAACGCGGUGCUGCAGGCGCUGCUGUCGGUGCCCGCGUUCGUGUCGGGGCUGCGCGGCGCGCGGCUGGAGGGCCUGCGGCUGCCGGGGGACGGCGUGGUCGCGGCGCUCAGGGGGUGCCUGGAGGAGCAGCGCGGCGCGGCCGCGGCGGGCGAGGGGUGA